CAAGCAGCGCGGAGGGAGGGGAGAUUUUAAUGGCCGACAGUUGCACUACAAUUUGCAAAAAGUCCCGAUUAGAAGCAAAAAUUGCAUGUCCCUCGAGUCUUUUACGUGGACACGAGCACUGCCGCCGAACGGAUUGCUUUAAUUCAUGUGCUAUUUUGUAAAAAUGUCCUAUUAGUGUUGAUUCUGCGCGGACUUUUACCCGCUUGAUCUGUGAGCGGGGGGAGAUCAGGCCUAGCCGGCUGGCUAACAAACAGGCGCUCGGUGAGCAACUCGCCGCAUUUCAAAGGGAAUAUGUAACAUACAGCCAACAACAUGACAUCCAGAUUUGGGAAAACGUAUAACCGCAAAGGUGGUGAAGCCAAUUCAAAAUUUGAGGAGGUUUUUUCCAGUAAAAAACCCUCUCUGACCACAAAAUGGGGCGAGACCACUUACAAGGCUAAGCUAGGCCCCAAAAGGCCCUCCUCAAACUCGGAUGUUUCUGGACUUCCGAAAAGACCGAGACUCGAGGACAGUGGUAGCGAUGAUGACCCUUUCGGGUUCGACAGUGACGAUGACUCCAAGACGGUGACAUCUCAGACCGAGCCCAAGGUCAAUGUCAAUGAAGGGAAUGGGUCAAAUGUGGCUGCAGUGCAAGUCGUCGGUGCUGUUGCUGCUCCGACUGCUGCACCGAAGAUCCCAACUGCUACUACCACAACCCCAAGCCAAUUGCGACCUACAGAUGGAGUUGCUAAAAAUAGCAAGCCCUGGUUCAAAAGCACGCCAGACAGCAGCCAGAAGUCUGUGUACACAGCCUCUGCGUUUAACACAGUACCUUCUAAUGAGCAAAACUCAGGAACACAGAAGUUCAUCUUCACUUCGUCAAUGGAGACGACUGUUGAACAGGAUGCUGAUGCACCAGGUGGCAGUGGAGACUUUGAGACUUCUGUUGCCUCAGGGCCAUCGGAAGGCAUUCCAAGUUCUGAGCUAGAAACUCAAACAGAGCCUCCACCAGAGCCAGUUGACAACAUACCCCCUUCCCCAUUUACUCUGAGGGCCUCCAACUGCAAGAAAUACCAGCGGCCCAGUCGGCCUAACAAAACUUCCCAUGAAAUUACUGAAACCAAUAGUGACAGCGUCAAGCCUGCUGUGGCAGCGACUGCCCAGGCUAAACCCAACAGUGCCAUUCCUGCCAAUGCAAGUAAUUCUGCUUCAACUGUUAACACGACAGCCAAGCCAGCUGGCAGGGGUGGGGGAAGGGUGCGGGACUAUACAGUUUUGCACCCCUCCUGUGUGUCGGUGUGCAAUGUAACAAUCCAAGACUCGAUAGAGCGGAACGUGGAAGAGCUUGUGACCCCAGCUACGCCGGCAGAUCUUGGUGAGGCCGGACAGAUGAAGAAGAAGUCGGAGCCCCCACCACAAAAAACAAACAGAUACAGACCUGCGCAGGCAAAGCCCAAAAAAACCAAGACUGAGACCAAGCUGGAGUUCUUUGGAUUUGAGGACAAAGACGACCAGGAAGCACAGGAGAGUUCAGAUGUUGGCGUGGCUGGAAAGACAAGUUACAAGAUCAAAUACUUUGGCUUUGAUGACCUAAGUGAGAGCGACAGUGAUGACGACAGUGCUCCUGCCAAAGAGAAGAAGGCCAAAAAGUCUGCAGCCAUGUUGGCCGCUCUAAGCGCCAGUGUGGACAGUCCUCAUACCAGUGACUCCCAGGAUAGUCAAGCCAGUAGCAAUACAGCAGAUGCUUUUGACUUCUCUGAUGACUCCAGUCCCGGGGGCACUGACGGACAAAAAGGACGCGCAGCAAAGCAGAUCGAAAAAUCCAAGGAAAGUGGUAUUGGAUUCAAAAAGAUCUUUAGUGGGCCCAAAAAGUCGCCUGCUAAAGCGGUAUACAACGCUCGUCACUGGAACCAACCAGAGCCUGAGGAGAUUCCCACUCCGCCGCUCUCUCGAUCUCAAACAGCUCCGGCCAUUUUGUCGAGCUCCAACAAGGACAGCAACUCCCAUAAGGAUGAUGGCUUGUUCAAAGCCCCUCCACCUCCACCCAAAGUCAUUAAGUCAGAAACCAUCCCAACGCGUCUCAACCAGGAUAUUGUCACGGCUCUCAAAUGUAGAAAAGAGCACAAGGAGCUGUACACAGUGGUGCAGCAUGUGAAGCACUUCAAUGACGUCGUAGAGUUCGGAGAGAAUCAAGAGUUCACGGACGACUUUGAGUACCUGCAGACGGGUCUGAAAAGCAGUCAGCCUCUCAACACAAGAUGCCUUAGUAUAAUCAGUCUAGCAACACGAUGCGCAAUGCCGAGUUUCAGGAUGCACCUACGGGCGAGAGGGAAAGUGGCGCAGGUUUUUAAAAUACUCAGUGAUGCUCCCCAACACCCAAACCUGGCUCUCUGCACAGCUGCGCUAAUGUACAUUCUGAGCCGAGAUCGUCUUAACAUGGACCUGGACAGAGCCUGUCUGGAGCUAAUGAUCAAGCUCUUGGAACUAGACCAGGACUAUUCAGCCCACCAGGAUCAACUCACUGCAAAAGAGGUGGCUAAGGUCAAGGAGAAGAUUAGAAAGCUGUGUGAGACUGUGCACAAUAAACACCUUGACUUGGAAAACAUCACGACGGGUCACCUUGCAAUGGAAACCUUACUUUCCCUGACUUCCAAGCGAGCAGGUGAUUGGUUUAAAGAGGAACUGCGGCUACUUGGGGGAUUGGACCAUAUUGUUGACAAAGUCAAGGAGUGUGUCCAGAACUUGAGCCAAGAGGAUGACAAGGAGAAUCUGGUGGCCUCUUUAUGGGGCGCAGAAAGGUGUCUUCGGGUACUUGAAAGUGUGACAGUGCAGAACCCAGAAAACCAAGGCUACUUAAUUGCUUACAAAGACUCUGAACUCAUUGUCUCCUCCGCCAGAGCUCUGUGGCACUGCGAGGACAUGAUUCAGCGGUACAGCAGGGCAUUAAACAACAGCUCCUUGACAUCAUCUGGUGCAUUGUUGCCACACUGUAGUUUCAGUAAUGUUGGAAAGGCUGUGGAGGACUGCAUGAGGGCCGUCAUUGGAGUGCUGCUCAACCUCACGCACGACAACGAGUGGGGUAGCACAAAGACCGGUGAGCAGGAGAAUCUCAUUGUAACGGCCCUGAAUUGUGUCCUGAGAGUCCCACGUUACAUUCCCCCGGAGCAGCGCUUCGACGUCAGAGUCCUGGGGUUGGGACUACUUAUUAAUCUUGUGGAGUACAGCUCAAGAAACCGGCACUGUCUAGUCGAUUUGGAGUACAAAGUUGACAACACAUGUCUAGAAGACUCACUGCUGCCUCCUGCUGACCCAAAAGCGUCAGAGUCGGUUUCACAGUGUGAUGCAGAGCCUGAGGGUGAUGGGACAGAGAAACUGAAAGAAGAAGCCUCUGGUGCUUUAGCUGCCCUGGUGAAGCUCUUUUUGGAGCGAGAGCGUGCAGCCAUCCUGGCAGAGGCGAAGACUGAUGACCUCAUCAGUGAGGCACCCAAGCCAGCACUGGACCAAAGUGGAGAGUGGCAAGAAACAUCCGGGGAAAUCCAGUGGGUGGAAGCUGAAACCAACGACAGCCAAGAAGAUAAGAAUGCGAAGGAGAAGAAAGAGGAGGAGGAUGAAGAGUUGGACCUAAAUAAAGCUUUGCAGCAUGCAGGCAAACAUAUGGAGGACAGCAUUGUCGCCUCCUACACGGCUCUGCUGCUGGGCUGCCUCUGCCAGGGGAGUCAGGUCAACGUGACUACUGUGAGAGAACAUCUGCCUAAGGGAGAUUUCUCCAUCAUGACGGAAAUGCUGAAGAAAUUCUUGAACUUCAUGAACCUCACUUGCGCCAUGGGCACCACGGGACAAAAGUCCAUCUCACGGGUCAUCGACUACCUGGAGCACUGCUAACGGGGGGUUCUGACUGCACACUUGCGGGGUCGUCUGAGCGCAUUCCCCAUCACGACAGGAGCAUCAGUGGCGUCAUGUAAAGUAGAAAGUCUCUAUCAACCUCUCUGGAGCACAGCCUCAACCAAAGCCCCGGCAGCCCACGGAGUCCCGGCAUCGGCAUCAGAUUGAACGUUCCGAGCGAGUUGUCGGUCCGGAUCGCCCAGAUUCCAAAUACUGUGUGGAAUGUUGAAGACUGGAUGGUGGCGACAGACACCGCCGUUGAUUCCUGGUCCACUGGCUGGAGUGUGAACCUCUGAAUCAAAUUUCAUGGGUCAUUUCCUUUUAAUCUCUGCAUAUCCACGUCAAAGCCGAGGGUGAAAUCAUCGAUUCACAUGAAAAACAAUCACUGUCAUGGAUGCCCGCGUGAUGUCUCUAUGCGUGUGCGGAAUUGUUUUUGAAUGCAUACACCCAUAGACUAAUAGUUUGCUGUCGAGUUGAAUGUUGAAGAAAAGCUUUUAAAAAAAAUUAGAUUUAUAACCUUCCUUAACCUCAGCGGUUACUUUUACGAAUCCUUUGGUUUUAGCUGUUUUAAACUAUCGAGUUGUCGUUCCGUCAUGCAGGGCAUUUCUUUUCCUCUCAACAUGUGUUGCUUUACGAAAACACCCUGUGUAUCUGCCCACUGUUAGACAUUUCUCUUAGCUCGUCCAGUUUUUUCCCCCCCUCCUCCCACCGUCUACCCGGACAUAUUUUAACAAGCUUAGAUCUUAUUUAUAUUUUAACACAGCCUGUGAUGAAUUGUGUGCUUCCGUUUUCAAUCUUUCAUCAGAGCAUCUAUGUAUUUAAAUGAAGCCUUCCUCCUGGUUUGCGAACGGAAGCGCGUGUCCUGCGUGUCACCUCCUUGUAUCAUCCUCCUCGCCCAGGUGUCGGGCGGUGGCUGGCCUCCUUCUCAGACUUGGUGACAGCUGUCGAACUUUUAGGGUGAAUUAAAAUAAGUUGAACAAAGGAAGACUAUUCCUCCUCAAUACUGGAGCGAUGAUGCCAGAAUGAUUUGAUGAAGUAGAGGAUUGCGUUUCGACUCAAACGUUGAUCGGCAUUGUCAGUGCCAUAUGGGCUCUGGAUUAUAUUUGCAUAUUUUAAUUAUAGCGCGGAGGUCUCUCAAAUGAAUCUUGCCGUCACAUUUGCAGUAAUACUGAGCAGUUUGAGUUGCUGCUGUCCCCAAAUCUGUCCAGCCACUUGGUUGCGGCAGUGAUCUGAAUUUCUGUCUUUUUUAUCAAACAGUUUUGCGCGAUGUUCGCGGUCACAUGACCACCUGGAGAUUUCCUCAUUAGAGCUGCAGAGUGAAUCAUAAUUGAAUCAACAUUGUUCAUUAAUUUCAGACAACACAGGCUCCAUUAUGCGCUCACGUUUGAGCACCAGGCCUUUUGUUGUGUGCUUUUAAAAGAGGCCAGGCUUCAAAUGUCGACUCAAUAGAAACCAACCCAGUUGUGACCUGCUUCAGUUCAUUUCCCCAGUGGAGCAGUGAGAGUUGGAGCCCGUGAAAAUGGCCCUCAAAUUUGAUUUUUCAAUAUUGUCUUUGUGCAUUCAUUUCCUAUUUGCGCAUCAUUCAUAAUCCCGGUUAUUUAUUCUUUUGUGCCGUGAUCUUGAACCCGUGUCUAGCCUCCCUCUCGUACUGCUCCAACUGAUCGAAUGACAGCCAUACUUGCAGAUCCUACCUGGUUUGCAGGGCUUCAGUGAACACGACUCUGUUUACUGUCCCUUUCUUUCGCCGGUCCAAAUGGAAUUGUAGAAUGUAAAUACUUGUGUACAUAGUGGUCAAUGAAAUAUGAUGCUUAGACUACUUUUGUUUUCCUUCCCCUGGAGCUGAUAUUUUUAUUUUAUACUAUAUUUCUGAGUUGUCAUUUUGGAAAAUUGCAGCAAGAUUAAAAACAAUGUUUGUACCUGUUUCAAGGACACCGUCUUUGGUUACAUGUAAAUAUCUCAAAAAGUAAAAAAAAAAGUUGCUACUUUCA